GAUUUUAGAAGUUCAGAUGGCCUUUAUAGUAAGGUAAAACACAAAUAUUCAGAUACCUUUCGUAUGGGCAAAGAUUUAUUUGAUGCUUGCUUACUUACAACCCAUGGAUCUAUUAAUGCAUUUAAUCAUCUCAUGGGUGUAUUAAGAGAAUGUAUUUUAAAUGCUACACCCACAGAAACUCAUAAAUUUAUAAAAAAAUUGGCAGAUAUGGAAAAAUUAAAAAGAGUAUAUACACAAAAUAUAGAUAAUCUUGAGGAACUAGUAGGAUUACACAUAGAUUGGCAAUUUGAAAAAGUUAAAAAUAAUAAAGCUCAAGUAGUUCAAUUACAUGGAACUCUUGCAAAGUUACGACGUAAUAUUUGCACAAAUAUUUAUGAUUUUACGCUGCAAUUUUGUGAUAUUUUCAAGCAAGGUAAAGCACCAAAAUGUACUAAAUGUGAAGAAAGAGGUAAAAAAUGUUUAGAUCAAACAAGGAAAGUGUCCUCAUACAAUUGGACAGCUAAAUCCGACAAUAUUAAAGCUCUUAUAAAAGACUUUGCUAGAGCGGUUCAUAACCAUAAUGGUUAUGUGAUACUGGUAAAUGCUACAGAUGUAGUUACUAAAGAAUGGAAUAGCUUAAUUGACUUUCAAAUAGAAGGUGAUUGCGAUGAGUGGGUUAAACUUGUUAAUAUAGAAUUAUUAAACGUCAAAAAAAUGACAACUACAAGAUUAUCAAAAAAUUAA